UUUAUUUUUGCACACCACAUGACACUACACGGAAGUGACGCGGAUGCUCAAAAGAGUUCAGCAGAAAAAAGCAUCUGGGAGCAAAAACAGCAGCUAGCUUCAAUAAAUCCCACACCAGAAGACCAAAGGAGAAGACUACCAGUCGAUCAGAAGAGUUAAAGCAUCUGUCAGUAGGCAUCCAUCAUGAAUCCGGUCUACAGCCCUGGGUCAACAGGGGUCCCCUUUGCCAAUACUAAGGGAAUGGGCUACCCAGCUGGAUUCCCUGUUGGCUAUGCAGCUGCUCCGGCAUACUCUCCCAAUAUCUAUGCAGGAGCGAACUUCCCCAGUGGCUAUGCUCCAGGCACUCCUUUCAAAAUGGCCUGCUCUCCCAACGCUGGGACUGUCCCACCAUACUCCUCCUCACCCAACCCCUACCAUGCUGCCGUUUACCCGGUCAGGAGCACCUACCCCCAACAGAACCCCUAUGCACAGGCAUUAAUACCUUCACAACAACAAGGCACUUACUACACACAGCCGCUGUAUGCCGCGCCGCCUCAUGUUAUCCAUCACACUACAGUGGUCCAGCCAAAUGGGAUGCCUGCGGCCAUGUAUGCCCCGCAAAUGCAACCUCAACGCCACAACAGUGUUGCCAUGGGGAUGGUAGCCGGCACCACCAUGGCCAUGUCAGCUGGAACUUUGUUGACAACUCAAUCACCAGCGUCUGUCGGCCCCCACCAAGUCACGAUGCCCCAAUAUCGGCCUCCUGGCACACCCAGCUACACCUACCCACAGUGGUGAAGAGAGGGAAGCGUCAGAAGAUGGUAGAUAUGCAUUCACACUCUACUACAGUGUUUUUUGCUAUUGGGGAAGACCUGCCCGGCCAGCGUCUGCAACCAGUUACUCUUCUUCCAGCAUAAUGUGAAUCUAAAACCUAACUACAUAGAAAGAGGCCCAUUUUGGAUAGAAGGGGGUGAAGAAUAGGCCCAUCCCCAUGAAACCCCUCUUAAUGGAAUAAGGCUGCAUUCCAUGUCACCCCCCAGCGCCAGCACCUCUACAACCUGCUGCAUAUCUCACAUCAAACAGCAAUGCCUCCAUGCAAACCUUUUUUUGUGGACUGUCAUGCAGGUUUUUAUAGCUUAAACUUUUAAGUGGUGAAAAGGGAGUUUGGAAUAGUUUUUUGUUGUUUCUUUUAAUUUGGGGGAUACAUAUGAUGUUGAAUGCAUGUGUAUAUAUAGAUAUAUGAAGUAAUGCUAGCGCAAUCUACCUGCUGUGACAGAUGCAAAAUCAAGAAAAGGCACACAUCCAAAGGAAUUAAAAAAAAAAAAAAGUAAUAAUCUGCAAUGCUGAAUCACCAGUGACCAUGUUUUACAUGUGACAGAAGAUAAGACGAGAAACGUUUAUUCAUGCAAAAACAUUACCUGCACAAACAAAAUGCAGACCAAACUGUACUAUUUUCAUAGCUUUGUGUUUUGGUAAGUGGAGCUAGGUUUUUAUUAUUUCUCUCAGUGAUGCAGUGUAUGCAUUUCGUCUUACCAUUUUUUUGUAUUUUAGGAAAGAUCGGACUUUGAGUUUGUGCCUCUGACUGAUGGCCAUUCCAACACUUAAUGUGUUUUAUUUUUUUCUGCUCUGUCAAACCUUUUAGGAAACAAGUACCAACGAUUCCAAAAGUGCAAAGCAGCUUUUGUUUCCUGCUUUUUUUGGGUGAUAUCAAUGUUAAAACUAUACACUUAUUUUAGCCAGAAGCAUUCUUUGUGGGGAACAAGUAGAGGAAGUUGUUGGGAACCAUUUGCACCCAUUUUAAGAGUUAAGAGAGUGGAUGAGUAGGAACAGUGUUGUGUGUGAGUGUAUGUGUGUGUAUGUAUGAACGAGUAUUAAUAUAGAAACCAUUCAAAAUGGUGCCAUAAAGUGCAACAUGCCUAGAAUAUUCGACCUACAUCUCACAAUAAUCAAUUUCUUCUUAGGUAGGUCUGAAGCACUACAUCAUUAAAUCACUGCUAACAUGUUAGGAAAACAUGAAUUGUUAAACUCCAUUUGUGAAUAGCACUACUGAAAGAAGGCACUAAUUCGAAACAGUAAAGAUAUCUGACCUUUUACAUUGCUCGCUGUUUUACCUCAAGGUUCAAGGCUAACCCACCAAUAUCACUGUUUCAGACAUGCUUUUUUAUGUUGCCUCGGUCACCUCAGUUAAAUAAUCUGUUUUGUAAAUGUUAUUUUUGUGAUUUGGUUCUUGUUUUGUAUUCUAAAGAAAGACCAAAAAUAAAACAAAUAUAAGAAUAA